AUGUGCAGGGACAUUUACGCGUUGUGCUCGGGGGUUAACGACACUUGGUAGGGUGGAAAACUUCAUUGAAAAGAAAAACGAUUGAUUUUUGCAGCAUAAGCAACAGACCAUUCUGGAAUAACGACCCGUCGACACUGGAAACAAGCAGCACAUCCAGGUUAACUACACCGCCUAGCACCACCGUUACAACCACAUUCCCGAGUACCGUAGUCACUAUUACUCCUACAACAACAACCGAACGAAUCCCAAGUACAACUACAACUCAUCCAACUUCUACGACUACCUUGCCUACAACUACAAAGUAUAUUUUGUCUGACACAACGUCAACUACCUUCUCAACGACAACAGUGACCACUACCACCACGAGCACUUCCACCAACACCACGAUCACUGCCGACACUAGCACUACUACGUGAUAGUUGACAGGUACACUGAUUAAACAACCAACGUGGGCGUUUUACAGAACGGACACAAAUUCGACGAACUCGCCGAUGACGUCAUCACCGCCCACAACAACGUCGUCAUCGGAUGUGUUUGUACCGACGCUGAAAAAUUUGAGCGAUGUUAGUAAUUUAAAUAAGUCGAGAAACAAUUGUUUAAUCGGAUUACAAUUCAGAGUGGAGUCGGCAUAAAUAACGUGUCGACGGUGCUGAAUGAGACUCUCGGAUAUUCGAGACAAGGCGCCGGUCUGAAUGCGACCCAAGUGACCGAGAUUUCGAAGAUUCUGUGCAAUGCGUGCAACGUUCCCGGACUGAAAGCCGAGGUGAGAAGAGGUACGCAGAAUGGGUUAGAGACGGCAGAGAACGAGAGAAGGAUAGAAAGAAACACGCAAAUGUUAGAAAAUUGUCAAUCAAUCACUUUCAGCACUCGUUCUCGAUUUUAAAAAACUUGGACAACAUGUUGUAUGUGGAUAAGAGCACGAUGUAUCAGAGUGGAAAUUCGCCUCAGGAGUAAGAGCUUCUUUUACAUGUUUUAGAAUAAAUUAAUACGAUUCAGAGUGUUACAAUCUCUCGGUAACAUGGUACACAAUACAAUAGAUCAGCGGAUAGAAUAUUGGAAGGAAUAAACUUGGGAUUCAGUUCGAAGAAAAUAGACUGUCAGAACACUUCAGUAGAUGAUGGACUGUUAGACUUGGGAUCGAAAUUCGAGUUGAUAAACACGACAGACUCACUGGGAAAGUGGCACUCGGUUGUCGUCCCUCUAUCAGAACUGUGCAGCUCUCAAGAGCGUGAGUUUGACCGUUUGGAUCCAAGAUUAUUGAAAGUUUGAUUGUAGUUACUCACGUAUAUUUCACUAUCUACCGGGACACAUCUCUGUUCGUCGGUCAACAGCAGUACCGUACCUAUAGUGGAACCAAUCAUCCGAUCUCUUCCGGGAGAGCUGAAGCCUACACUCCGCCGCCUAGAACUAAACGUUCCGUUGAGGAUGGAGACAGUGAAGACGAUGAUACCACUACCAACCGUAAGACCCAAUUCAACAACGUUUCGGACCUAAACUAUUUCAGAAACAGCUCCGGUCUCCGCCUGUUCUCGUCAAACAUCUCUGCCUUCCACUCCAGUGAUGAGCGCCACAAUUCUGAACAACGGAGUCGCCGUGACCGUGAGUGCCAGCUCAGAAGCAGCGAUGGCUGUGCUCCGUUUCAACGUGUCCACAAUCAGUCGCCCGUUACAUGGAUCCUUGAAAGUGACUUGGUGGGACACGGGAAGGAUGAAAUGGGCGGACGAGAGACAGUGCGAGAUAGUGUCGGAUGCAGAUGGAGUCAUCGAAGCAAAGUGCUUGCAUCUCACGGAUUUCGCAAUCAUUGUGGUAUUUCUUCUUUCAAUUUUAACGCAGAUAACCGAUGGAAUAUUGCUUACAGGAUGCCGCGCUGAACGAUCCGAACGUGUGCGACAAUGCUCUCAUCACUCUCGGCUUUGUUGUCAACGGUCUAUCCAUUAUCUCAUUGGCUUUUCUCACAUUCUUCAGUAUCUCAGCCUAGUCAGUUACUUUCAGUUGUUCUGAGAUCGUUGUUUUUCAGUAUACCAUCUCUUUCUCAAAGUCGUUUCUACACGUACGUCCGCGGUCACAGUCUGGCCCGACGGGACUUUCUCGCUCUCGCUUACCACCUCGAUCUUCUUCUCUUCUACGUGUUCUUCACAGUAUUCUCAAAUCAGUACAUCUCAGGACAAAUGUGCACUGUCAUGGCGGCAGUUAUGUACGCUCUACUAGUUUGGUAAGUAGUCUACUUCUCUAAAAGCACUCAUCUCAAUUCGCUUCCAGCUCUCUACUACUCACAAUCUUUCAAGCCUUUCGCAACAUUCUAGUAUUUGUUCCUCCGCAACUCUUCAAAAUCCUCAACGUCUUUCUCAGUUCUCCAUCGAUUCUAUUCAUCUCAGUCGGUGAGCACAGCCCGUUCCCUUCUGAUCUCUCAUCGCAACUUCCAGCCAUUCCGUUCACUCUUUCCGUAUUUCUGCUCGUUUUCACCACGUUCUUCGAUCGGCAAGACUGUUUCUGCUGGGUUCGGCCGGACUUUGUAGUGGCUGCUAUUAUUAUUCCGGUCACUGUAUUCUAA